AUGGCCGCUGCUGCGAGCCCAGUACUUCUGGGCCUUCGAGACUGUGAGAUGAGGAGCAGCUUUGAGCAGCCCCGAGAUGGGGCCUGGGCUGUUAACAAAAUAGGCGGCCUCCCGGACAGCAUGCCCACAGUCCCCGCCCCUCAGCCGGGCUGCGGGCGCUGUGGGGCUGCGAUGGCGCACGUCGUUCAGAUCUACUGUCCUCUGGAAGGCUCGCCUUUUCACCGUCUGAUGCACGUGUUCGCCUGUAUCCACUCGGCCUGCGUGGGCCAGCCUUGCAGCUGGAAGGUGUUUCGCUCCCAGUUUUUGCAGAGGCAAGAGGACUGCGCACAGGACACCAAACUAAUACAGAAAGAGGAGAAUAAUUUUGCAGUUAAAGACUGGUGUGAAGGAGCAGAGGAUUGGGGAGACAAUAAUGAAAGUGAUCUUGAACCAUGGAUUAAUGUAGCUGAAGACACAGAAUGUAUGUCCCAAUUCCAGAAACUCACACUAGAUGAAGUUUUAAGUGACUCUCGUCCCUUUAGUUACACAAUAUCAGCUAGAGAAGGACGAAUAUUGCCCAGCUCAUCAGUUCCUAUGUUUCAGCCCUACUAUGUCAAUGUUGUGGAUGAGGAAGAUUAUACUAAUUUUGUUGAUACAGAUCAUGCCCAAAAACUUCUUCGGGAGUAUGGACAAAGAGAGGGAGUUGAAGUGGAACUUCUGAUGGCUCAAAGUUUUAUUCUUGACAGUCGUGAAAAAUAUGAGAAGGCUGUUAUCAAAAAUAAUGAUAAAAUGUUUUAUAAAUUUAUGAAAAGAAUAUCUGCCUGCCGUGAACAGAUUCUUAGGUACUCUUGGAAUGGAAAGCCUCUCUUUAUAACUUGUCCUUCAGAUGCUACUCCGAUUCCAUCCUGCAGUAACUGUGGGAGUUCCAGAGUAUUUGAGUUUCAGCUUAUGCCUACAUUGGUCAGCUUGCUCAAAAUUACUCAUUUAGAUAUCUCUGUUGAAUUUGGAACUAUACUAAUUUAUACCUGUGAGAAGAGUUGCUGGCCAGCUAAUCAUCAAAGUCCAAUGGAAGAGUUCUGUGUUAUACAAGAAGAUCCAGAUCAAAUGUUAUUUAAGUAGAAUCUUUCCUUGUAUAAAUAAAUUUUAAUUUUUAAACUUGUAAAAGCACUAGUAUUAAAAAGAUGGGUUUUUGUGGCAAUAGGCAUUUGAAGAUCAUUAAAAGUUGUUCAGUUUCACAAAUGUGGUUAAACUCAA